AGACUCCUGACAGAGAGGAGGAGGAAGAGGAGGCAAAGGGAAGAAGGUGAAGGAGGAGAGUCCUGAUAGAGAUGAGAAGGAAGAGGAGGCAAUAGGGAGGAGAGUCCUGACAGAGAGGAGGAGGAGGGAGAGGAGGCAAAAGGAAGAAGCGUCCUGACAGAGAGGAGGAAGAGGAGGCAAAGGGAAGAAGGAGAAGGAGGAGAGUCUUGACAGAGAGGAGGAGGGAGAGGGGGCAAAUGGAAGAAGAAGGAGGAGGAGAGUCCUGACAGAGAGGAGGAGGCGGCAAAGAGGAGGAGAAGAGUCAGAGCUUCUUUCCUUCCCGGGUUUUUAGAGGAGGAGGAGGAAGGAGGCGGCGGCAAAGAGGGAAAAGGAGGUCAGGAAAAGAAGGAGGAGGUGCCAGUGACCAAAGCGUGGCCUUCGAGACGGGGAAGGAGUAGGGAAAUCCCCAGGAACACGAGGAGAAGGAGAGAGAGAGUGGGUGAGUGAGCGAGCCUCCUCCUCCUCCUCCUCCUGCUGUUCCGCGUCAUGUCCCCAUUGUGAGGCGGCCUUCUCGCGUGGGAGGAGGAAAGAAGGAAGUGCGGGAGCGAACUCUCUCUCGUGUCAGGCUGCUUCACACACACUAGGAAGGGCCUUCUUCUUCACUCAGGCGGACAAGGAACCUGAACGCCUUCCCUUCUCUUCUCUAGCGAUGCCGCUGCUUCACCGAAAGCCCUUCGUGAGGGAGAAGCCGCCCGCGGAUUUGGCACCCGGCGAGCACGUCUUCCACUGCAGGGUCACCAACGAAGUCUUCCGGGAUUACGAUGACUUCUUUGAACGAACCAUUCUGUGUAACAGCCUUGUAUGGAGCUGUGCUGUUACAGGUAAACCAGGACUCACCUAUCAAGAAGCACUAGAAUCAGAAAAGAAAGCCAGACAAAAUCUCCAAAACUUUCCAGCUCCACUUAUUGUUCCAGUCCUGUACUUAGUUACCCGUACUCAAUCUGCACGACUUCAUGAAGUAUGUGAUGACAUCUUUGCUUAUGUUGAGGACCGUUAUUUUGUUGGUGAAAUUGUUGAAGUGCUUCGGAAUAAUGGUGAAAGAUUGCAGUGCAAAAUUUUGGAAGUUAAAGCACCAUUAUGUCAGAAUGGUAUGACGAAUGGUCAUGCCAACGGUACAGAUGGAGUCACCAUAGUAAUUAGUGACAGUGAUGAUUCAGACUCAGAGACCAAUUCUGCACAAAAUGGGAAGGAAAAAGCCAUAAUUGAUCCCUCUUUAUUCAAAUACAAAGUGAAGCCUAUUAAAAAACAACUGUAUGAAUCUGUUACAGUGAAAGCAUUUCAGAUAUGCCGGAGAAAACAUCUUUUUUCUCGUGAAAGGCUUAAGCUUUUUUUGAAGCAACACUGUGAAUUGCGUGAUGGCAUUGUCAAAAUUAAGGCAGUGUCAUUUGCAAAAUACAAGAUAGGAGAAAAGACUUUUUCCUACAUCUUCCCUGAUGAUCCUCCCACUUUUAUCUCCAGUACUUCAAACAGGCGGCGAAGGAGGCCUCCAAAUAUGGUAUUAGAUGUUGAGGAUACAGUUCCAGAAGAACAGCUUAGUCCUAGAAACGUAAGCAGUGCAGCAAAGGAAAGGGCAAGAUUCCAAAAAGAAAAAGAAGAAAUGAGGGCCAUGGAAAAAUUAAAAAAGGAGAAGGCAAAUGUGGUAGAAUCCAAGAAAAAAGAAGAUAAGGAUAAAAGAAAAGAAGAACUAAAGAAGAUUGUGGAAGAAGGGAAGUUAAAGAAGAAGGAAGAGAGGGAACGACUCAAAUUAGAAAAAGAAAAGGAGAGGGAGAAAUUGCGAGAAGAAAAAAGGAAAUACCUAGAACAUCUGAAGCAAUGGAAUAAGCGUAGGGAAGACAUGGAAUGUGAUGACCUCAAGGAACUUCCACUUCCAACUCCAGUGAAAACCAGACUACCUCCUGAGAUCUUUGGUGAUGCAGUCAUGGUCUUGGAGUUCCUCCAUGCCUUUGGGGAACUCUUUGAUCUUCAGGAUGAGUUUCCUGAUGGAGUUUCUUUAGAAGUUUUAGAAGAAGCUCUUGUAGGAAAUGACAGCGAAGGCCCACUAUGUGAAUUGUUGUUCUUCUUUCUGACUGCCAUUUUUCAAGCAAUGACUGAAGAAGAAGAAGAAGUGGCCAAAGACCAAAUUGUUGAUGCUGAAACCAAAGAUUUAACCGAGGCUUUGGAUGAAGAUGCAGACCCCACAAAAUCUGCACUAUCUGCAGUUGCAACUUUGGCAGCUGCCUGGCCCCAGUUACAUCAGGGUUGCAAUUUAAAAAACUUGGAUCUUGAUAGCUGCACCCUUUCUGAGAUCCUCAGACUUCAUAUCCUAGCAUCUGGUGCAGAUGUAACAUCUGCCAAUGCAAAAUACCGUUACCAGAAGCGAGGAGGAUUUGAUGCCACAGAUGAUGCUUGCAUGGAGCUAAGACAGAGUAAUCCUGGGUUGUUGAAGAAACUCUCAUCUACCUCAGUAUAUGAUUUAUCAUCGGGGGAAAAGAUGAAGAUUCUUCAUGCUCUCUGUGGAAAGCUUCUGACUCUUGUUUCUACUCGAGACUUCAUUGAGGACUCUGUUGAAGUCCUGAGACAAGCAAAACAGGAAUUCAGAGAGUUAAAAGCAGAACAGCAUCGCAAAGUAAAAGAAGCUGCAGCAGCAAGAAUCCGCAAGAAAAAAGAAGAGAGAUUAAAAGGAAGAGAACAAAAAAUGAAAGAGAAACAGGAGAAACUGAAAGAAGAGCAGAGAAUUCCUUCAGUUGAAGUGACUAUUGGGGAGGAGGAACAGGAAGAGCUUGAUACAAGUACAGAGAGCAAAGAUGUUGAAACAAAGGAACAAGAUCUUGAUGCUGUAACAGAUGAUGAGGAAGAUUUAGUACCAAACAAAAAGAAAAGAGGAAGAAGAGGACAAAAUGGUUUUAAAGAUCUUGCAAGGCAAAUAGAGACUACAAGUGAAAAAUGUGAGCCUCUUACUCCAGAGGAGGAAGAAGUUUUAAGACAGGAGCAGCUCACCAAAGAAAGUGAACUUAUGGAAAAGAUCCAGAAAGCCACAGUCUGUACCAAUAUCUCUCCUUUGGGCCGUGAUCGCCUCUACCGGCGGUACUGGCUUUUCCCAUCUGUUCCAGGAUUAUUUGUGGAAGAAGACUAUUCUGGUUUAACAGAAGAUAUGCUGCUGCCCCGGCCACCUUCAUUUCAAGAUAAUAUACAGGGUCAUAUUACAUCUCAGUUAACCACUAAAAGUACAGAAUCUUUAAAGAUAGAAUCUACCUCUAAUGCUCACAAAGAUUUGAAUGGUAGUGCCAGGAUAUCUGUGUCACAGCUGAAACAUAAACCAAACCGAUGGUGCUUUUACAGUUCUCGGGAACAAUUGGAUCAGCUUCUUGUUUCUCUCAAUUCCCGAGGAUACAGGGAAAGUGCCUUAAAGGAAGUUCUUUUGCAUGAAAAAAACAAAAUAUAUGAAAAACUGGAGAAUUUUCCUGUUGAAAAAUUCCAUAUUUCAGAGAAACCCCAUAAUGAAGCUAAGCUGCUUCCAGGACGGGGGAAAACACAAAAUACAUAUGAUGUCAUUCUAAUGUCUGCAGAAAAGCAACUUGAAUUGAGGCUCAGAGAUUUUCUUUUGGACAUUGAAGACAGAAUCUUCCAAGGAACAUUAGGCUCAGUUAAGGUAACAGACAGGAAUACUUGGAGAAUAGCAUUAGAAAACGGGCAGUAUGAGUUACUAAAUGGGGGAAUCAAAGAAAAUGGUAUCACAAAAUCUGAGACUGAAGAUGCUGAAGAGAUGGAAAUAGAUGAUCAAGUAAAGAUUUUGAUAAAAGACAGAUUGAUUGGAUUAAAACCAGAACCACAAAGCACUGCUUCAACUAAUACAAGCACUCCACAGCCUGUGAAUAAUGCUGUCCAUUACUUAGCAUUGGCACUGCUGCAAAUACAGCAAGGCGUUGAACGCAAGUUCCUCAAAGCGCCACUUGGUGAUGCAGAAGAAAAUAAAAGAGAUCACAAAGGAGACAAAAGGAAAAAGAGAGAAGAAGAUCAAUCCAGUCAGAAAGAUGAUGCCAUUGAUGGUGGCCGCUCACACAAAACAAUAUUGGACCGCUGGAAGGAAUCAUUGCUUUCUUCUGCUAGCCUGUCUCAAGUCUUUCUUCACCUCUCAACACUGGAACGAAGUAUAAUCUGGUCUAAAUCCAUUUUAAAUGCUCGUUGCAAAAUGUGCAGAAAGAAAGGAGACGCUGAAAGCAUGGUGCUGUGUGAUGACUGUGAUCGAGGCUAUCAUAUAUACUGUAUAAGACCAAAACUCAAGGUUGUUCCUGACGGAGACUGGUUUUGUCCAGAAUGUCGACCAAGGCAACGUUCUAGGCAUCUUUCAUCUCGUCAAAGGCCUUCUGUAGAAAGUGAUGAAGAGGCAGAAGAACAAAUGGAAGAUGAGAACAAUGACGCUAGUUAUGAGGAAACUGGACAAAGUGAGGAAGAUGAUUCUGAAGAAGAAGAUGAUGGUGAUGGUUCUGAUUCUCAAGAAGAGGACGAGAAAAGCUUAUCCAAAUUAGGAAAACCUCAGGUAAAGCUUUCUCUAAAAACAAGAGCUUCAAAACUUUCUACCGUCAUCUCAAGACAAUGCAGCCAGCAACAAGUUAAUAGAAGAUACAGUUCUAGGAGUCAGCAGAAUACACCUAAAUCAGCUGGAUCUUCCUACAAAAGUACUGGGAGAGCCCAAAGGAAAACAAAGUCUGCUCCUCCAUCAGUAACAAAAUCAACAAGACUUAACAGCCGUUCUACUCGUCACAAUUGUGGUUUGCUACAAGCAGAUGCAUUUAUAGAGCUAACCAAUCCACUAAGACAACGCAGAGGGAGGAAGACCGCAGAUAAUACUCCUGCUAGCAGUCCUUCGAGUUCUCUUGGCUUCAGAACUGUUGACUCUGUGGAUUCAAAUGAAAAGAAAAGCUCUCCAGUUUCUAUAGUACAAAAUUCUCUUCAGGAUUCAGAGUCCAAAAAGAGGGGUAGGAAACGACAAUGUACAGAAUCUUCUCAAGUGUCAUUGAAUAGGAGAAGUUCAGGGCGUCAGAGUGGAGUACAUGAAUUGUCUGCUUUUGAGCAACUUGUUGUGGAACUAGUACGUCAUGAUGACAGCUGGCCUUUUAUGAAGCUAGUUUCCAAAAUCCAGGUGCCAGACUAUUAUGAUAUCAUCAAAAAACCUAUUGCCUUAAACAUAAUCCGUGAAAAAGUGAACAAAUGUGAAUACAACCUAGCCUCGGAGUUCAUUGAAGACGUUGAGCUGAUGUUUUCGAACUGCUUUGAGUAUAAUCCACGUAAUACAAGUGAAGCAAAGGCUGGAACAAGACUGCAGGCGUUUUUUCAUACUCAGGCUCAAAAGCUUGGACUUCCAGUUCCAUCUGUUUAUAUGGACCAUUCUGCUCCAGCAACCAAGAGAUCACGUAUCUAACCUCUUCCUUCAAAAGGACUUUAGAGGAAUCCUUUUCAUUUUCAUGGAAAAUGGACACUGAAAUCAUGCAGCUAUACAAAGCAAUAACAUCUGCCACAUCUUGGAAAUGUGGCCUGCACUAUGCUCUCAGUUUGUUAUGCACUCAGGAGAAUGUAGGAAAGAUUAUCUUUGCUACAGUUUUGUUCAUUGUCUAAUACCUUUGAUAGAUAGGUAUUGAAUAACAGUACUGGGUUACAGUAGCUUUUGUAUUUUUAAAACCAAUUUUUUAUGUCCAAAAGCCUUCCAAAAUAUUUUUUCAGUACCAGGCAAUAUUGCUAUAUUCUUUAGAUUUUGUAGGGUGUACGGCAUUGUUUUCUGAAGGUUUAUCUUCAUCACAAUGGACAAAUUAAAAAUCUGAAGUCACUUGACUAAAGUUUGUGACACUACGUGAAAGAGUGUAAUUUCAUAUUCUUUAAAUUACUGUGCCAGUGCUAAUUGGAAAGACUCAGUCUUAUUUUAUUACGUUGAUAUUUAUUGAGCAUUCAAAUAAUUUGUGACCUUGUCUUUUUGUAUUUAUAAAAAAAUUACUUUGAGGAUAUAAAAAUCCUUAACAUUCUGUUUUCUUUGUGUUUUGUACUUCAAAUGAUCAAUUAAUUGUCCUCUUUCUACAGGACAGUUCUUCCAGCACUAUAUGUUUAUACAGUUUUGUGAGUAAAAUAAAAAUAAAAAAUACUUUCUUUUCUGUCAGUACUGGUUGCACUGUUUUUGGCUGAAGUUGAGAAUGGACGCAAGGAUUUGUUACUACUGCCAAGAUACAGCAAUAACAUCUCUUAAAUGUGUAUUGUAUUAAUGUUUACCAGUGUUUCACUGUGGAUUGUCCCAGUGCUUGUGUCCAUACUAUUUGCUCCUGCAAAUGUCUUGGGAAUAGUUGCCCUAAUUUAUUUAUUUUCUAAAAUAUUAUCAUAUUUCGGGGAGUGGGGUGUUUUUCAGAAAUGCCUUGAUGACAUUUUGUACAUUCCUAAUAAUUCCUAAAUGUCAGAUUAUUAGUCAACAAUAAAAUUACUUUUGCCUAAA